UCAUUCUUAGCUUAGCCCGUCGUCAGUACUGCAAGAGAACUAAAAUGGCGCGAAAAUCUCGCCAUUCUCCGACUUUUCCGUCGUUUUCGCUCGUUUUCUCUCUCCUUUUCCUUCUCACUCCUCCACUUUCCACCGCGGGCCGCCAUGACUACGGCGACGCACUCAGAAAGAGCAUUCUCUUCUUUGAAGGCCAGAGGUCCGGCAAGCUUCCGCCGGAUCAACGCAUCAAAUGGCGUAGGGACUCCGCAUUGCGCGACGGAGCCACCGCCGGAGUGGACUUGACCGGAGGUUACUACGACGCCGGAGACAACAUCAAGUUCGGAUUCCCGAUGGCAUUCACGACGACGAUGCUGUCGUGGAGCGUGAUAGACUUCGGCAAGAGCAUGGGGCCGGAGUUGAAUAACGCCGUGAAGGCCGUCAGGUGGGGGACGGACUAUCUGUUGAAGGUAACGGCGGUGGCUGACGGCGUUUAUGUUCAGGUGGGAGACCCGUACUCUGAUCACAACUGCUGGGAGAGGCCAGAGGACAUGGACACCCUACGAUCGGUGUACAAGAUCGAUAGGGCCCACCCUGGGUCCGACGUGGCUGGCGAAACCGCCGCUGCUCUCGCUGCUGGUUCCAUCGUGUUCAGAUCACGUGACCCUGCGUACUCUCGCCUCCUCCUCGAUCGUGCCGUUAAAGUGUUCGAGUUUGCUGACACACACAGGGGUGCGUACAGCUCCAGCCUGCACUCUGCGGUUUGCCCUUUUUACUGUGAUGUCAACGGCUACCAGGACGAGUUGCUGUGGGGAGCGGCGUGGUUGCACAAGGCAUCGAGGAGGCGCGAGUACCGAGAGUACAUAGUGAGAAACGAGGUUGUUUUGAGAGCUGGCGACACUAUUAAUGAGUUUGGUUGGGAUAACAAACACGCCGGGAUUAAUGUACUCAUUUCCAAGGAAGUUUUGAUGGGAAAAGCACCUGAUCUAAAGUCCUUCCAGUUCAAUGCCGAUGGCUUCAUUUGUUCUGUAUUGCCUGGAAUUUCUCAUCCUCAAGUCCAAUAUUCUCCAGGUGGGCUGAUCUUUAAAGCUGGAGGGAGUAACAUGCAGCAUGUAACGUCACUGUCUUUCCUACUUCUGGCCUAUUCUAAUUAUCUAAGCCACGCCAAUCGUGCCGUGCCAUGUGGCGAGACCUCUGCUUCCCCGGCUCUUCUCAAACGACUGGCCAAACGUCAGGUGGACUACAUUCUUGGGGAUAAUCCACUGGAGAUGUCGUACAUGGUAGGGUAUGGUGCACGUUAUCCUCGGAGAAUACACCACAGGGCCAGCUCGCUACCAUCGGUGAAGGCCCAUCCGGCCCGCAUAGGAUGCAAAGCAGGGUCUCGAUAUUUCUUGAGUCCAAAUCCAAAUCCCAAUGUAUUGGUUGGAGCAGUGGUGGGUGGGCCCAACAUCUCCGAUGCAUUCCCGGACUCGAGGCCUUUCUUUCAGGAGUCGGAGCCCACAACUUACAUCAAUGCACCCCUGGUGGGCCUUCUGGGCUACUUUUCAGCCCAUCCUUGAUUUCAAUGCCGAAGAAGAAAUGUAAAGCGGAAGAAUGUAGUAGUGUGAGCUUAUUGUCACGCCCCACCUAUGGAGGUUGUGCCACGCAGGCGACACGCAGACGCUGAGGAGGAUGCUGCAUGGCAACUGCAUGGCAAGUGGAGUUUCUAGAGUCUUCCGGAGUAGUCUAGAGUUGUGUGGAAGAUUCUAGAUAUGUGUAGAAAUAUAUAGAAGUGUGUGGAAAGUUCUAGAGUUCUCCAGAGUUGUGUGGAGUAGUAUGGAGAGUUCUAGAAUGUUGUAGAUAUUUAUGGAUAAGUAUGGAAGUGUGAAGAAGGUGGGAGAAGAUUCUAGAGAAUCGAUCUCCACCAUCGGUUCAAAUGCAUCCUAGCCGUCCAUUGGGGAUGGGGAUGCCUAUAAAUAGAGGUAGGACUUCAUUUUGUGGACAACAAGUCCUAGAGUGAGUCUUGAGAGCCUUGUAGAGAGCUUGAGUGUUAGCCUUGUACAAAGCAUUCUUUGAAGUAAUAGAAGUGUUCUUUCCUUGCCAACUUAAGUGCCUCAGUGUGUGUGAGUGUGCAAGCCAAGUGAGGAGAGGGCAAGGGCAACUACAACACUAGUAAGCGCACGAGGGGAGUGUGUUGGCUAAGGUGUGCACGGGAGUUAGGCUGACCAAGUACUUGCGAGAGUGAAAGCAACGUCUUGGUGCCGCACGGGAUCAGC